AUGGCGAGUGCUCCUGCCAAGUUCGUCAAUGAUGUUGCAGAAGAUCUGCUGCACCUGUGGUGGUCGCCAGAAGACUUCGAGUCCUUCCUCGGCGAGCAGGUGGAGAUUGCCACGGCCUACUCGGAAGCAGUGGAGCGUGGCGAGGAGGCGCUGUUCCGGACCGACCCCGUGCUCGCCAACAACUCCCGCAGGGGCCUCGGCCUCGGCCGCGGCCCUACGCGGGCGAGCAACUCGCAGGCGUACUUCACCGCUGUCAUGGACGAGCAGGACAGGCAGCGACGUCUAGGAGAGUCGUGGACUUCGAGGCCCUGUCCCGCGUGGCGGCGGAGGCCAGCCUGGCAGAGGUGCAAUACUCCUUGGAGAACGCCGCGAGGGACGCCGAGGACACCCAGAAGUACAUGGCAGAAGCUACGUGCGUGCUGGAGGACCUGGACGAGGAGGCGGAGGACUACCCAGCGGCGUUUUUCGAUGAUUUCGAGGCGCCAGGGGCUUCGCCGGCGGCGUCAGGCGCGCGGUGGCCGGAGACGCCUUCCCAAGCGGCGUUCGCCGCGUCGGCGGGCCGAGUCGGGCGCCGUCCUUCCGAGAUUUCAGUCCCGUCCGAUGGUGAGGACGCCUACUGCGGCUCCUUCGGGGAGCGCGUUCCCCGCCCUCAUGUGCCCGCACAAGACGGACUCGACGGUCGGCGACGGCUUGCUGAGACCUGUCAUCUUGUGGCAUUGCAGCGUCAAGGAGGCUGAGCUGAAGGUUGAGCGGCUUGGAUUCGAGGUCGCGGGGCGCCUGCGGGUAGACAUGGGUGCGGAAAGGUUUGGCGUGACGCUCAUCACGAAGCCGCUCGUUAUGAUGUAUCUCGAGUGUUCGUUGCGGCCGCAGCUCUGGGGCGGCCGCACCCGAUGA